GAGAAGCAGCCAUCUCCUAAUUGGAGGCUGUUCUCCGUGCUUUCUCAGGUUUGCUUCGUCUUCGGCCCAUCACUCACGGGCUCCGAUGUAUAUAAGACUGUAUCCUUCUAGCCAUGUCUCUCACUACGCUCCGUACUACUAGUACGCGCUCACGCCUAACGCCCGUUCGCAUGUCCGACCAUCCGCUUGCCACUCCUCUGGACCUCGCCACUUCCACGCCCACCGAGUUCACCAUCGAUGCUGACGACCAGAAUGACCUCGUCUUCCACGUACCCAAGGCGCGCAAGAACAUCCCGCGGUUCCCGCAGGAGCUGGUGGACGCCAUCAUCGACUGCCUGCAAGACGACAGGGAGAGCCUGCUCGCAUGCGCUUUGACCUCUCAGUCAUGGCGUCCUCGCAGCCAGACACACAUCCAUCGCGCGCUCAAGGUGACGUCCAAAUGGCACUGCAGUAAAGCGGAAAUGAACUACGGUGACCCGUUCCUGGCGUCGUGUAUCCGGGAGCUUCAUAUCCAGGACCUGUCACUCAAGCAGCCGGGCGACCGGGCGUACUGGGUCGACCAUUGCGUUCCCGCGAUGCUUUCGAAGCUCAAUCGGUUUCACUCCCUCGCGAUUGACUCGGUCAUCAUACAGAACGGACACGACAUCCAAUGGGGAAGCUACCCUGACCCUCUGUUCCCCAACGUGACGAAGCUGACCAUCCGCCGGCUAUGCUUCCACGUCGGCGCCGAGUUUGCACUCUUCAUGCGCCACUUUCCGCGACUCACUUCUUUGACUCUCAAAGACUUCACCAUCACCUACAGGAUAUCUGACGCGGCGGCCCCUGGCCCACGACCACCGCUCCGUAAUCUCGAAAUUUACAGCAGCUCUGGCCAGGAGUUCUUCUUGAACUGGUUCCUCCACCAGCCCUCAGAGGCCAUCCUCCUAGAAAUGUUCGUCUACUCGAUCGAGCGCUGGCAGGUCCGUGCGCCUAAACCUUCUCUCAUGGCGCUUGGAGCGUCGGUCAAGGAUCUGACCAUUGUGUUCGCAUUCUCGUCCCCUCAUUAUCUGUUGACGGGAGACCCGCUUCUGCCACACCUCUCCUCCCUGCGCAACCUGACAUUCGACCAUACCACCCUCUUCGGCACGCUGUACGGCCCGCCCUCUGUCCCUGUUCUACUCAAGGAGAUCUCUGCGACCCAGAUCAGCACUGUUCGUUUUCGCUUCGUGUUGGACAACCAGUACGCGCCGCUCGAGCAGAGCGUCGAGAAGCUGGAGCGCAUCAAGCUCGGACACACUGACGGCCUCCUGCGUGAUUCUCAGCCGUUCCAGAGUCUCCAAGGUGUACUGGUGCAGAUACGCUCCCGCGACUGGGCCAGGCUGAGGAGACUGCCGUCCGCAGACCAGUGGAUCGCAGCGGAUAUCGAGCAGAGGCGGGUCUUCUCCGAUACACUCAGUGACUUGCCGCAGGGAAUCAUCGAGGAUUCUCCGCCAUCGGCGCGCGAUGCAGAGCGCGAGGAGGACAAGGACGUGGAGAGAGAGAUCCGCGAGCAUGGAUCAAACCUGGAGUGGAAUAACCUCAAGCGCGCUCGCGCGGACUACGAGAACACGCGGGAAACGUGGCACAAGGCCAUGAGCGUCGUCGAAAAGGCGCUGCCGACGAUGGCGGCCAGCAGGAUACUCAGGAUCGAGCCUUUAGAAGAUGCCUUGCCUGAGCGAACGUCUAGUAGCUGGUCGAGGCACCAUCAUCCCCACCUGUACGAGCAUUCUCAUUAUGCCCUGUACCAUCUACCUUGAUACAACAUCCCUUUCCACUUCAUCGCCACAGACUGUCAUUCUGAGUCUCGAUAGGGUUUCCCUAUUAUACGCAUCGCCGUAAAGCCAACAUCCCUCUUUUGCAAUCAUGAUUCCAUCUGUCUGUAACUUUAUGUGGUUUCCCCUCAGACGUCAUACUAUAACAUUUCUGUCUCGUUGGAUCGAUAUGGCCAGUGGACUUGCAUAGACGAAUAGGCCUAUCUUAACUGUAGCAGCAUGUAUUCGUAAUGAGCAGGAUAUGGAGUACCAAUGUAUUUGACGUGCAUAGACACCACUUAGUCGCGGUUUCAAUUCAGUCGCUGUCCAUUGAUACCCGCACGGGCGACUGAUCACUGUGAUGUCU